AUGGAGGCUCAAGUUCCAAUCAGUGCCAAGUUAAACCGUCUUGCGGGCCUCAUUGAGGAGCAAGGGGCCCCCACUGAUCAGGAAAAGGGUGAUGAUCUACCUAGCUUACCUACAAAAGAGUUUCUUUUUCAGCCCAUCAAACUGGCAGAACUCAAACAGUCGCCAGUACUGAAGAAAAGGAAGGUGGGCCCUCCUCCACCGCAGAACGAAGACCAAUCGUUGCCAAUUCAGGCGUGGAAGGACGAACUGCUUCAAUUCACAGAAGACACCCUGAAUGGCUCAAAGUGUUCGAAACCCUUACAGUAUUACAAUUCCAUUUGCACGUUUUUAUGUAGGAGUGGCUACACGAAGCAGGUUUCCAAGGAGUUGAUUCAAUCGAUUGAGGGGUAUUUUGCUAAAGUUUUAUUGCCUGAGGUGAAAGAAGAGAUCCUAAACGAUGGAGAAAAUGCGAUUCAACACCUUGUCGACGCUUGGAAUAUCUGGUACACGAAAACCAAAAGAAUCCAUUUCGUCGUCAUUUUUCUGAACCAAUUGUAUUUGCUAAACUCAUCUUCCAGACAAAGUAUCGAUGUGCUUGCAACGAAGCUGUUUGUGGAGAACUUGCUGGAACUAGAAGGACACGAAGGAGAUGGGGAAUUGAUGCUUUAUGAUCAAAGUCAGAAACCUACUCGACUGAAAAUUCUUUUAAAUCUAUCAGAGUGGAUCAAGGAGCUGAAAACAACUGGAAAGCUUACAAACCAAAACCUUUACAACGAAUUCAAGGAGAUAAUCAAGAAUUUUGAGAUUGACAAUAAGAUUAAAUUGAAGAAUGUCCUCCCCGAUAUGAUAAGGGUAUGUGAUGAACAACUGAAGAAUAAAUGGAUAGGAGAUGAGAAAUUGGCUAAAGAUUAUGUCACAAAGGUCCAGAAUUCAAUGCUGAUUAGUCAAGAUUUAGCUAAGGAAUGGGAUGCUAAGUUUGAGAAGAUUCGGCAAAGAGAAAUCCACUUCUUUGUUGUGGAACCAAUCUAUAGAAUCACUCAGGAGCUAGUUCCAUCAUUGUUUUAUCUAGAUAUUGACUCAAUUGAAUUCUUGAUGUUUUGUGUUAAGGAUAACCCCAAUAAUUACAGAUUGAUCUUGGACGCUUUUGGUGAUAUUGUAAAGAAACAGCUCGAAGAAUGUUUCAACUCGGAUUCGUUGUAUACGGAGGAUUACAUUUUACAGCCGAACAAUAUUUUUGUAACCUGGAAUCAAAAACUAGAAAACAGGAUAUCAUAUGUCGAGUUGGAAAGUCAACUUGAAAAAGCAUUAACCGAUUCUCUGAAUCUACAUCAAGAAAAAGUGAUUCGUGCCUUGUUGUCUUUUAUAGAGUCCAACAUGAAGAAGCGUUCACGCUCAGAUUACUUGGAACUAGUCAGUUUCAUUUUUACCAAGCUCAAGAACAAAGCCGCAUUUCUGAAGCAAUAUCAGAACCAAUUGUCAAAAAGACUGCUAUACAAUUCAUCCAUACAGUUUGAUGAUGAAGAGUUCAUAAUAAACAAUCUCAAGACGGAUGAUGUAACCGCUGAGAUUGGUCCUCUUGCCAGCAUGAUUCAAGACAUCAAGAUAAGCUCAAAACUGACGUCCAGUAUUACCAAUGAUACGCCCAUAGAAAUGGAUUAUAAGAUCAUCAGGGACUUGAGCUGGCCCAAAGUUCCCCUUGAUUAUGAUGUUCGCUUGCCUCAGUACUUGCUUUCCGUUGUGGACAAUCCGGAACUUAAGGAGAAAGUUGUUAAGAAGAAUAUGGUUCGUUACAAGUGGUGCAAUUUUCUACAUCGAUUUGAGAUUGAGACUUCCUUCAAGGGCGAGGCCAAGACGUUGGUAGUUAACGGCUACUACGCCGCAAUUAUCCUAGCAUUUAAUGACUCUGAAAGUUUGACGUUAGCACAGUUGGCAAAGGUGACCGAGCUUGAAAAGCAGUACCUCAUAGAAUGUCUUAAAGUCCUUUGUCUUGGAAAAUAUAAACUUCUACUUAGAAACAAUCAGUCUCAGCCAUUGAAAGGUACGCCAUUCCGAGACGAUGAUGUCUUUUCAAUUAACACUGACUUUUCGGACAGAUCCAAGAAAUUGUUCAUUAAACCAGCCAAAGGCUUCAAGAAUGAUGAACCAAUUACAUCAAAUUACUACGACGCUCAAAAGGAAACUACAAACAGAAUUAAUGCCUUCAUAAUGAGAACGAUGAAACAACAAAGGGACUGUUCACAUUCCAAACUACUGGCCGACAUCCUAUCCUUUUUGAAAGAAUAUAAUAUUUCAAUCCCAAAAGCGUCGAUCGUGAAGGAAUGCAUAGAAGAACUCAUCAAACAGGGAUACCUGAAACGAGAUGCGUCCGGCUCCUCCUACCACUACAUCCCUUGA